AUGGCAGGGGCACAGCCUGGAGUCCACGCGCUGCAGCUCAAACCAGUGUCCGUCCCCGAGUGCCUGAAGCGCGGCAACAAAUUUAUGAAAUGGGACGAUGAUUCAACGACGGUGACACCCGUGACUUUAACAGUUGAUCCCAAAGGAUACUUCUUGUACUGGACCGACCAGAACAAGUUGCUCACAGGUGGAGUGUUGGAGAGCAGUCGUGGACAAUGCUACUUCAGUCCCUCACACUGUAAAUGUUACCAGUUCUUCAGCCAACAGGUGCACACCAUGUGA